GUAGACUCACCUCACUUACCAUCUCAUCGAAUACGCGAAACCAAAACCAUCAGCACCUCGAGAAUUUUUCCACUCUCCUCUUACAACAUCUCAACAACACAUGCCAUCACCCACCAACCCCCGCCUCUUCCUCCCCUCUUCCUCCUUCGUAACAAGCAGCGGCACAAUCCCCAUAUCCCUCCCCGACAAAAAAAAGUCCUCCGGAAACUUGUCUUUUGGUUUGGGGCAAGUGUUUCUGUGGAUGAGCCGUGUGAGAAUUGGACGAGGCAGGAGGGGGGAGGAGUUUGAAGCUGUUUGGAGGGAUCCUAGAGAUGCACUGCUGGCUUUUGACAUUACAAGACGACAGGAAAGUUGCAGCGAUUGUUUUACGUGAGGUGUUCAAGAAGGAGUUUGAAGUGUAAGAAGGGUUCGGAAACGAAAUGGAGCGAGUUGCGAAUCUCGCUUUUCAUGACCACCAUGCUGAGAGCUCGACCGUAUGAACUUUUCCUAGAAUAGUGUUUUUCGUUUCCGUCAAAAGGACUUCGGAGACUUUGAAACAUUUCGUCUCGUCCAAAGAGAGAUUGCGUGUCCAAAAUAGAUAAUCAGAGCCUGUGAUGGUGUACUGUUGCGUCAUGAACAUACGUCAUUUUCGCAACACUUCACUCGGCAACACUUUCACCUCUUGCUUUACAUCGACGUCAAGGAGCAUAUGAUGUUACGGAUGUCAU